AUAUCACGGCAGGAAUAAGGCUUCAAGAAUAAAGAAAAUUCUUAGAAAAUUCAUUUAUUUCACUAAAUCACUAAACUCUCACAUCUCUACACCCAGCUACAUACUCUCGUCUCUCAACACCCAGCUACACACUCUCGUCUCCUCAACACCCAGUUACACUCUCCCGUCACCUCAACACCCAGUUACACUCUCGUCUCCUCAACACCCAGCUACACACUCUCGUCUCCUCAACACCCAGUUACACUCUCCCGUCACCUCAACACCCAGCUACAGACUCUCGUCUCCUCAACACCCAGUUACACUCUCCCGUCACCUCAACACCCAGCUACACUCUCGUCUCUUCAACACCCAGCUACACUCUCGUCUCUUCAACACCCAGCUACACUCUCGUCUUCUCAACACCCAGCUACACUCUCGUCUCCUCAACACCCAGCUACACUCUGGUCUCCUCAACACCCAGCUACACUCUGAUCUCCUCUACACCCACCUACACUCUCUCGUCUUCUCAAUACCCAGCUACACUUUUGUUUCCUCAACACCCAGCUACUCUCUCUCGUCUCCUCAACAUCCAGCUACACUCUGAUCUCCUCUACACCCAGCUACACUCUCGUCUCCUCAACACCCAGAUACACUCCCGUCUCCUCAACACCCAGCUACACUCUCGUCUCCUCAAACACCUAGCUACACUCUGAUCUCCUCAACACCCAGCUACACUCUGAUCUCCUCAACACCCAGCUACACUCUCGUCUCCUCAACACCCAGCUACACUCACGUCUUCUCAACACCCAGCUACACUCUCGUCUCCUCAACACCCAGCUACACUCUCGUCUCCUCAACACCCAGCUACACUCUCGUCUCCUCAACACCCAGCUACACUCUCGUCUCCUCAACACCCAGCUACACUCUCGUUUCCUCAACACCCAGCUACACUCUCUCGUCUCCUCAACACCCAGCUACACUCUCGUCUCCUCAACACCCAGCUACACUCUCGUCUCAUCAACACCCAGCUACACUCUCGUCUCCUCAACACCCAGCUACACUCUCUCGUCUCCUCAAUACCCUACUACACUCUAUCGUCUCGUCAACACCCAGCUGCACUCUCUCGUUUCCUCAACACCCAGCUGCACUCUCUCGUCUCCUCAACACCCAGCUACACUCUCGUCUCCUCAACACCCAGCUACACUCUCGUCUCCUCAACACCCAGCUACACUCUCGUCUCCUCAACACCCAGCUACACUCUCGUCUCCUCAACACCCAGCUACACUCUCGUCUCCUCAACACCCAGCUACACUCUCGUCUCCUCAACACUCAGCUACACUGUUGUUCCAGGUGUUGUCUUAAGACUGUCCCACACAGUCCUUAUCAUUCCUCUUACUAUCUACUCUCUCUCUCUCCACGACUGUUUGUGUCAUAGCAUUGUCUCAGGUGUUGUGUGUCUACACCUCAUCUGACACUGUUCAGCGUCACAAAUGUCAAGAGUCUAUACUACUGGACUUUUAUUACACUUUUAAUGCUUCCAAAAUCAAAGCAUGUACAUUGUAUUUAAAUUGAAUUAGAUUAAUUAAAUAGAAAGUCUGGUAACCGCUGGAGAGGAAAUCCUUUGAUUAAAAUGAUUCUCACUACUGCGAAGAACACGGCCACCAGUGUAUGGGCUUGGAGCAUUGUCAUUGGUCACACUAAUGAAGUUCCGAAUAUUUUUGCAAUUUAUUUCCAAAAUUUGAAACAAAAAUGAUGGAAAAGGCCUUAUUUAUACUGAUAUUGGCAAUUGCCAAGGUCCAAAUGAUGGAUCUUUUUCAUCGCGAUUUGGUUGCUCUAGGUGCUGCGUGUUCUUCUGAGGGGUUUUGUAAUGGGAGUGAUUACCAUAGCAAAGAUUACUAUAACGGAGCUUACCAGAGUGAAGAGAAUUGUAAUUGUGAUGACUUGUGCGCGGAGUAUGGCGAUUGUUGUCCAGACUCCAUCUACUACAGAUGGGAAGAUCAGGUCCUGCCAGUGAGGUACAAGUGUGUGAGCGUGGUUGGUGGCAGUGUUUACAUAAAGAGCGUGUGCAUGUCAGGGUGGGAGGACGAGGAGGUGGCCCAGCUGUGUCUGGCGGGCUCCCCGCCAGACAUCUCCAACAGCAGGGACCCGCUGGCCCACCUCCCCGCCACCAGCAACACCACCUCCGUCACCUACAUCAACUACUAUUGCGCCGUCUGCAACAACGACUCCCACGACCUCACGCUCUGGAAGACCCAACUGGAAUGUGUCAACAUUGAGGAAUAUGAUUCAGUGCAGGCGAAAUACCAUAUUGCAGUUUUGCUGGAUAACAAUGUUACAGAUCAGCCGGAUAACUAUAUUACAGAUCAGCCCGAUAACUUACCCGGAUACAUAACUUCUCAUUUAUUAUUCGAUAACGGAUCUUGGGGUGCAUAUAUUCCCAUUAAUGGUAAACAACUAUUUAAGAAAUGUAAUAUUAACAUUAAAAUCCCCGAUAUUCCUAUUAAUACAAGGGAAUGCUACGCCACCAUCAACACGUGUGCUAAGAACUGGUCGGACGCGUCUGUCGCUGCUCUGUGUCACUCUUACACGGCAGUGAGGUGUUCAGGAGUUUCGGCCUACAGGAACCCCCACUGUCUUCUGUGUAACUCUUUAGUUACACAGAAGUAUAGUUGCUUUAGACCUUGUGAACCCGUUCAAAAGGCUCCUUUCUCUCUACUAAUUGAUUUUGGUUACCACAGCGGUGAUAAUAAUGUCGAAAUUGUAAACCUUUGCCAGCCCGGCGAAGUUUAUGAUAACUUCUUCAAGAAGUGCAGAAAUGUUUUGUCGAGGAACAUAAGGGAGGUAGACGAAGACGACAAGCGUGAUGAAGGCGACAAUAAGGUGACAACCAACACAUCGGAUUCCUCAGCUUGUCAUCCACACAACACAACGAAAGCCUUUCGUAGCAACGUAGUGUCUAAUGAAUCAAAUGAAACACUUAAUUGUGAUAAAAUACUUCUUUGUGAAGACGAAUUCACGUUGAACGAGAACAGAAUGGUAACGGUAGAAGCUAACGCUCGAAGUUAUCAGGUGGGAGAGUACGAGGUAACUGAAGGUGGCGUCCUCGUGUGCGAGCCACAGGAACUCUCAAACAAGUUUGUGUCGGGUUUGCUGAUCCUGAUGGGUCUUGUGCUGUCGUGCUUGUGUCUUCUGCUUCACCUGGCUGUCUUCCUCUUGCUGCCUCGUCUUAGGAACCUCCCGGGCAAGUGCUUGGCGUCCCUCUGCCUCUCUCUUCUCACCACCUACACCGUCUUCAUCCUCGGCACCCUCCUAGAGCCUAAGACGACAGGAUGUUACAUCUCGGCAGUCAUAAAGUAUUACUCCUUCCUCGCCUCCUUCUGCUGGAUGAAUAUCAUGGCCUUUGAUGUGUGGCUGACAUUUCGACAAGCUAAAGAUGAGCUGCGAGUGUCAUCUGGGAGACAGCGAAGCAAGUUUUUAUUCUACUGUGUGUACGGCUGGCUGCUUCCAGCCCUGGCUGUGGUGGUCACAGUAACCCUAGACAAGACCGCCCCUGCAGGUCUGUCCCCUCAGUUCCUGCCCAGCUUUGGUCAAGAUAUGUGCUGGUUCGGGAAGCGCAAGGCCUUAUUGGUGUUCUUUACUGCUCCAUUAUUCACAAUCAUGGCUCUCAAUGUUGUGUUUUUCCUUAUGACUUCAUACACCAUCGGUGCCAGUAGACAGUCGACGCUGCGGAGGAGUUCGUGUCCACAAAAUAGGAAACAGUUUGUGCAGUAUGUGCGACUGGCCGUGCUGAUGGGCCUCACCUGGAUCAUUGGCAUGGUGGCUGGCUACCUGCAGCUGCAGGGCGUCUGGUAUGUCUUCGUGGUCCUCAACACCCUGCAGGGAGCCUUCAUCUUCCUGACCUUCACCUGCAGGAGCAAGGUGUGGAGGGAUGUGCAGGAGCGCUGCCGGCAUUGUCUUCAGCAAGUUAAUUCUCAUCCUGGUUCACCUACACCAUCGCCAGGGUCACGGCAGGAGGCAUCCUGCGUCGACAGAUGUCCCGCCUCGGGGCACGUGGAGUCAGACAACCUUUAGCACCUCCUGGGGUUAUGCGGCUCAUCAAUGGUCACCCAUCAGCGCUCCACACACAUAUAUAAACGGUUUCUGGUUGCAUUAGAAAGACUGACAAGUGAGCCCUUUGAAGAUAAAAUAUUUCCCAGAUAUACAGACAGUAAUCACAUUGUCGUGAUGCAUCAGUGAGAAAAUCCACAGAAGGCGUGAUGAGGGUUCGAACCUGGGUGUUCCCAGGCACACGUUCUAGACAACUGCGCCACAACAUGGUCAAAAGGAUAGGAAUCUGGGGUACUACUGAAUUCACGAGGGUUCCUGAGGCUUCCACUGAAGCCGGACCAGAGCUUCGCACAAAAAUACCAUCACUCUGACUCUGUCGUCUGGGAUUGUUCUACUGCUGACGUUCCUCUUUCAUCUACAGUCACACACAUCCCUGGUGACUGUAGAUGGACUGUAUAGCCACAUCCCAGGUGACUGUAGAUGGACUGUGUAGCCACAUCCCUGGUGACUGUAGAUGGACUGUGUACAGCCACAUUCCUGGUGACUGUAGAUGGACUGUGUAGCCAAAUCCCUGGUGACUGUAGAUGGACUGUGUGGCCACAUCCCUGGUGACUGUAGUUGGACUGUGUAGCCACAUCCCUGGUGACUGUAGAUGGACUGUGUGGCCACAUCCCUGAUGACUGUAGAUGGACUGUGUGACCACAUCCCUGGUGACUGUAGAUGAACUGUGUACAGCCACAUUCCUGGUGACUGUAGAUGGACUGUGUAGCCAAAUCCCUGGUGACUGUAGAUGGACUGUGUGGCCACAUCCCUGGUGACUGUAGUUGGACUGUGUGGCCACAUCCCUGGUGACUGUAGAUGGACUGUGUGGCCACAUCCCUGAUGACUGUAGAUGGACUGUGUGGCCACAUCCCUGAUGACUGUAGAUGGACUGUGUAGCCACAUCCCUGGUGACUGUAGAUGGACUGUGUACAGCCACAUUCCUGGUGACUGUAGAUGGACUGUGUAGCCACAUCCCUGGUGACUGUAGAUGGACUGUGUAGCCACAUCCCUGGUGACUGUAGAUGGACUGUGUGGCCACAUCCCUGAUGACUGUAGAUGGACUGUGUGGCCACAUCCCUGAUGACUGUAGA